GCUGCACCAUCUCCCUUCUACUUCCCGGAGAGUUUUUUUGGAAAUGAAGUGUGAGCAGCUGACCUGGACUUUACAAGCCUUCUUGUGAGCUUGCCUCUUCAAACAAAGUGCUCUGUGGAUGUCCUCAAGCUCAAUAUGUUUACAUGUAAUUUUCUUUACAUCAGCGGGUGUGCCACUUAGAAGAGGAUUUAUUUACUUUUUCUCCUGCUCUAAUUCCGUUACAGCUUAUUUUUUUGGUCACAGCGCACAGCAGCUCUGACUGCGCCCGGUGCGUGUGUGUGAGUGUGUGUUCAGCGCGCUGCGUCGGGGCACAGCGGCCCAGGGUCCUCUGCAUGGCGCUGACUGUCGGUGCUGCUGUGCGCCGGGCUGUGCGUGGGGCGCAAAGUGAGGUUCCGAUCCCGCUGGGGAAGUGUUCCUCCCGCCAAAGCUGAGGCACACCAAAACGGAGAGCAGAGAGGCCAAGACCUAAACGUUCGAGGCAAGGAACCAAGAGGGGGGACACCACAGAAACAAAACAACAGAGAGAGGCCCCCAGGGGGGCUGAGGCCACCGACAAGAUGAUGACAAUGGUGAUGAUGGCCAUGACGCUGACAUGCAGCUCCCUGCUGUUCCUUGGCCUGUUGACCGCGCAGGCCUCCUCCAGUGAUGUCCCCAAGACCAGCACAUCACCAACCCCCCCAUCUUCAUCCUCCUCCUCCCCCCGCAUGAAGCUUUCUUACAAAGACCUGCUGGCCUUCCACGGUGUGCGCCGCUACGAGUUGGAUCGGUCCUGCUGCUUCAGCACCAUGCUCCUAGAUGAGGAAAGGGGACGUCUCUUUGUGGGCGCCAAGAACUUCCUGCUGUCCCUCAGCCUGGACAACAUCGCCAAGCAAGAGCACAAGAUCUACUGGCCAGCCCCAGUGGACUGGAGGGAGGAGUGCAACUGGGCAGGAAAGGACAUCAAUAUGGACUGCGUAAACUACGUGAAAGUCCUUCACCAUUACAACCGUACCCACCUGUAUGCGUGUGGCACUGGAGCCUUCCACCCCACCUGUGCCUUCCUGGAGGUGGGCCAGAAGAUGGAGGAUCAUAUCUUCAGGAUGAACCCCUCACUCAUAGAGGAUGGGAAAGGCAAGAGUCCCUACGAUCCCCGGCAUGCGGCCGCCUCCGUCCUGAUAGGGGAUGAGCUGUAUUCUGGAGUAGCCACCGACUUGAUGGGACGAGACUUCACCAUCUUCCGGAGCCUUGGCCGCCGCACAUCCAUUCGGACGGAGCAGCACGACUCCCGCUGGCUCAAUGAACCCAAGUUUGUUGGAGCGUUCUGGGUGCCCGAGAGUGAGAAUCCAGAUGAUGAUAAGAUCUUCUUCUUCUUCCGGGAGACGGCCGUGGAGGCUCAGGGCCUGGGAAAGGCCACCUACUCACGCAUUGGCCAGCUGUGCAGGAACGACAUGGGAGGCCAACGCAGCCUGGUGAACAAAUGGACGACGUUCCUCAAGACCAGACUCAUCUGCUCGGUUCCAGGCAGCGACGGCAGUGACACCUACUUCGAUGAGCUCCGGGACGUGUUCCUGCUGCAGACCAGAGACAGGAAGAACCCACUGGUCUACACGGUCUUCUCAACUUCCAGCAGUGUUUUCAAGGGCUCAGCUGUAUGCCUCUACACCAUGAACGACAUUCGCAGGGCCUUCCUGGGGCCUUUUGCCCACAAGGAGGGGCCCAACUACCAGUGGGUCCCCUACCAAGGAAAGGUGCCCUAUCCACGACCUGGCAUGUGUCCCAGCAAGACCUUUGGCAGCUUUGAGUCGACCAAGGGUUUCCCGGACGACGUGAUCCAAUUCGCACGCCACCACCCACUCAUGUUCAACCCCGUGUACCCAUUGAAGCACCGUCCUGUGUUCCUGCGCACCAAUGUGGACUACAGCUUCACGCAGAUCGCUGUGGACAGGGUGGCCGCGGCUGAUGGCCAGUACGACGUCAUGUUCAUCGGCACAGAUGUGGGAACCGUCCUGAAGGUGAUCUCUGUACCCAAGGAGAACUGGGACAAUAUGGAAGAGCUGCUCCUGGAGGAACUGCAGGUGUUCAAGGAUUCAUCUUCAAUCAUUAACAUGCAGAUCUCUUCAAAGCGGCAACAGCUGUAUGUGGGCUCCGAGACCGGCUUGGCCCAGGUGCCCCUGCAUCGCUGCAGCAUCUAUGGCAAGGCCUGUGCAGAGUGCUGUCUGGCCAGAGACCCCUACUGUGCCUGGGAUGGGACCUCCUGCACACGCUACCUACCCAACACCAAACGGCGUUACCGUCGUCAGGAUGUGAGGAACGGGGACCCCAACACGCUGUGCUCUGGAGAUCACCAUAAGCACCGCGUGGCCCAGAAGAAGCUCUAUGGCGUGGAAGGCAGCAGCACCUUCUUGGAGUGCUUGCCCAAGUCCCUGCAGGCCCGCAUCACUUGGACCUACCAGAGGACGACGGACACGCCUCGUGAGGAGGUACACCUGGAUGACCGAGUGCUGCAGACGGACCGGGGCCUGCUGAUCCGCAAUGUUCUGCGGCGUGAUGGCGGCAUGUACCAGUGUCACGCCAUGGAGCACGGCUUCACGCAGACUCUGCUGGGCAUUGCGCUAGAGGUGGUGCCUUCCUCCUCGCCUUCCUCAGCCCUGCCCUCCGACCCCUUCAGCAGCCUGAACCACGGUCGCUCCGUCAAUCAGAAGAUGUGGUACCGGGACUUCAUGCAGCUGGUGGACCACCCCAACCUGAACACUGUGGACCAGAUAUGCGAGCAGGUGUGGAUGCGGAAGAACCGGCAGCCGAGCAAGGCCCCGGUGCCCGCCGCACCUGCCUCUGGCAAGCCCGCGGCCCCCCUUGGAGUCCCGCACGGCCCUCCGAGCAAAUGGAAGCACCUGCAGGAGAUCCGGAAGGGCCGGAACCGCAGAACCCACGAGAGCAAGCCCCCCCAUCGCGCUCCGCGCAGCGCUGGAGAGUGGUGAUGUAGGGGCAGCGAGAGGUGGAGAGACAGAGAGACAGAGAGAGAAAAGGGAGCGAGAGACAGAGGGAAAGAGAAAGAGAGACGGACCGAGAGACCGAGAGACCAAGGACUCAUGCAGGUGGUCAACACUGAAUCUCCUGUGUAUAUUCAUCUUCCCGCGAGUCCCCUCUCUACCUGCCCACACCUAGCCCUCAACGCUCCAUUCCAGAAAACCCCGCAAACACUGUCUCCUUCAAGGACUGCGUGAUCCGCACUCCUGUGCACGGUGUGCUGGACAACCUGAGCACCCCCAGCUCCCCCACAACCCAGGUGGCUGUGUGGGCCACUGCUUUUACUGACUCUGUACUCUUUUUUUUCCAAAGGCUCUUAACCGGAAUUAAGCUAGAACAGAAGCAUGGGCAUCUGUGCUCGUUCACACACACACACACACGCGCGCGCGCACACACACACACACACACACACAGAUGGUCUCACACACACACACCCACUCAAAUACAUAACCACACGCUGCUCACAUCCUGGCCUCCGCUCACUCUCAUUACAUGACAUCAUUGUCAUUAGAUGACAUCAUCAAGCGUUGGCCGGAUGAUAACACCAGCUCUUAGGAUAGUCGCGUGGUUCUGCCGUAAUGCAGAUGGAGUGACAUCGCAGUGAAUCAUCGCGCGGGGCUGCAGACGAGUUCCCGAACGACCGCUCGGAGCUCAGCUCCUUCGUGUAACGGAACGUGACAAACAGAGCCGGGGUGUGUUGAAAAUAUUGUGUUAUAGAGACACAAACGUGUGCACACAAACACAGUGCAUGUACACCAGCAUCAACACUGCUGAGGUACCUCUGGGAGACGUUUUGAAGAGGAUGGUUCUUUUGGACUCAACUUGUAACAUGGACUUCUGUUCCAGCACAUACAGUGAACAUACUGUAUACUUAUGUGUUUGUGCGUGUGCAUGCCUACCUGCGUGCGUGCGUGCG